AUGAUCUCUUCGUACACCGCAAAUCUGGCUGCUUUUCUGACGGCACAGCGAAUGACGUCACCCAUCGAAAAUGCCAACGAUCUAGCCAAGCAGACCAGCAUCGACUACGGCUGUCUGUUGUCUGGAUCAACCAAGGCAUUCUUUCAGCAUUCAGACUCGUCACUCAUCAAGCGCAUGUGGGCGGUCAUGGAAGCAGCUCAGCCCAGCGUGUUCGCCGAGACUAACGAGAAGGGUGUCGAGCGCGUGCUUCGUGGCGGCUACGCCUACCUGAUGGAGUCCACGACCAUCGAGUACAUGGUGCAGAAAAACUGCCAGCUCAUGCAAAUUGGCGGACUGCUGGACUCUAAGGGAUACGGCAUAGCCACACCCCCUGAGGCCAAGAUCCGCAGCGUUCUGUCCGCAGCCAUCGUGGAGUUCCACGAAGGGGACCUGCUUUUCAAGCUGAAAGAGAAGUGGUGGAAAACGCGGAACCCACCGGACCCCACAGCGCUGGCCAAAUGCCAGCUGUACUCCAACGCUUCAUCGUCGUCGUCGAGCAGUAGUGAGAUGGGCCUCGCCUCCGUUGGUGGUGUCUUCAUCGUCUUGUUCUUCGGAUGCCUCGCGGGGGCUAUACUCUGCUUGGGAGAGUUUAUUUGGGAGCUUCAGAAGACUCCGUAUGGAGAAAGGGAGUCCAUCGUCAUGGAGAUGUUCCACGCGUGCAAGUUGGUCGUGACAUGCCGCGGACGCAAGUUCAGUCCGAAGUCCCUGUCCAUGGAAGGCUCACUUGACGGAGAGGCUACUCUUCGCUCUGCUGCUCAGUCUUCGACAAGAAGCGGGGGCACGGCUGUAGCAUAG